AUGCCCUUUGACAAUGGAUUACCUCCUUUCAGAGAUGGCGGCGAUGAUGUGAUUGUUGAUGAGAGGAUGCAGUCGUGGAUGAACGAGGAGGUUUGUUUAUUUAGGUCCAGCCGAAAAGAGGAAAGCCCCGUAUCAGAAACCACUAGCCCGUUUGAGGAUAGCGUUGCCAAGAUAUCGAAUGAUGCUCCGUUCCGCUCCAAAAAGACUCAACCUUCCAAUUUCGAUGGCGACAGAAGACUUUCACUCUUACAACCGCAUACAUCUUAG